AUGACAGUUAGAGAAAUUCAUGAGCAAUUUAAACUUGAGUAUCUAAAUGAAAAAAUUGGUUCAACUUCAUUUAGUUUACUUCGUCCAAAACAUGUUUUACCAAUGCCUGAUAUUCCUCAAAAUAAAAAUUUUGGUAAAUUGUUGGAAUGUAAUGAAGGAGUCGGUGGAGAAGUUUUAUCUUAUCUUCAAUGGGAAAACAUUGAUUUAGAAAUUGUUAAAGUAGAGAAAUCUGAAACAGUUCAAGAUGUUAUUGAUAUGAUUCUAAAAUGUCAAGCUAUAGAUUUUUUAAUGCACAGCUUUAUUACUCAUGUUCAAUACAUAUAUUUUCAAGAAUGUAAACAACUAGCAAGUGAAAAAUCAAUCAUUUCACAAAUUAAUUUUUCAAUGAACUAUCGUACAACAUGUCAAGAUGAUAUUCAAAAUGCGUCUUUUAAUUAUAAACAAGUUGGUUUAUUCAAUGCGGUGGUUUAUUCUGGUCUUUGCUCUCAAGUAACAAGUUAUUCAUUGAUAUCUGAUGAUGCAUCUCAUGAUGAAUAUUCAGUCCGUUUUUGUUUAACAAAAAUAAUUACAGAUCUGAAAAAAAACGAUUUUCUUCACUGA